GCCGUAACAUCAUGCCAGCACCAAACAGCAGUACAGUAGGUACGAAUGCGAUACCUUCUCUAACAAACACCGCUGCCAAACGAAAAGCGGGGAAUGAAAUUGACGAUAUAUUCAGCGGCAAGAAGGCGAAACCAUCCAGCGAGAUCGACGAUAUUUUCAGUGGAAAAGGCCCCAAACCUGCCUCAGCAGUAUCUGUCGAAGCGCUUGUAAAGAAGAAGAAGAAGGCAAAGAAGAAGAAUCAGGAAAGAAAACUAGAUGACGGGGAUAUUUCAAAAGAGGCCACCGGGGAUGUUACAGAAGGACCAAUUACCAAGGGGAAGGAGGACGACCUGCAACUAGAAACCUUUGAGCACCUAACGGAUGAGACAGAUAUUGCUGCUAAAGUGAUUGAAGCUCGGAGCCAACGACCGAAACCGGUUGUGGAAACCAUACAAUUUUCUGUGCCGGACUUCAAAAGUAGCCAGCAACGUCCAGUGGCGGAGGACGAUGGAUUUGGGGACAGCAGAGGACUGAAGGCUAAACGACGAACCGAGGACGGUUACAGUUUGUUCACCACCGAAGAAUUGAAUAUCGGGAAGGGUGGCGAUACACCUCAAUGUCCCUUCGAAUGCUGGUGCUGCUUUUGAUCUCUUUCCAUUCUCUGUCGUCUUACUUGGGUUGGGAAACACGCUCCCAAAAGUAAACAAAACAGCAAAUUAUGUCGCUACUCCACAUCUUCUACCAGGGAUGGAAUUAGGCAGAACCCAACCUAGCACUAUGCGCGCGGACUAAGCGGUUCACACUUGCAAUCGGCGUGUUAUGGUAGAAGAAUAUUCGACGGCCGCGCAUCACAGAGAUUGAAAUCAAGGCUAGAUUCUAUGAAUGAGAAAUACCUGAGCGAAUCCGAUGUGAGUACGUCUAGGUCUUGAUCCGCACCAAGAGACGGUGAUGACGAGGAUGUUUGCGGUUUAUUGCCAUGUUCAGAGUAAGUGAACAGCGGAGAAUGCAUUGCUUUGCUUCGGCUCGAUGCAGUGUGAUUGGUAGCUUUAGCAGCACUAUCGGGGUCGACGUCAGAAUUAGGUACUGGGAGGAUGUGGACCUUGAACUGCUGAACCUGUAAUAGGCGUAGUACAUAUAGUCAAAAUGAGUAUAUUUUAUAGCGCUACAGUUCAAUAGAGAACCUUGCUCUUUCCACGCAAAA